CAGCAUGGCCCAAACAGAGAAGAAAGGUGGGUUGCUCCGGAAAUCUUCAGCCUCCAAGAAGCCAUUGAAGGAGAAAGUCGUGUUGAUGUAUGAUGAGAUUUUCACGACAGAGGACCCCAGUAAAUGCAACCCUAGGUUUUGGGAGGAGCUGUUUCUCAUGAAGGUCAACUUGGAAUAUCUAGAAGGCAAGCUGGAGGCUCUGGAUGGGGAAGAGUUAAUGAAGAUAAAAGAUAAUAUCAACUGCUUGUUUCAGCACUGCAUCCAGGCACUGGGUGAGGAACACCCAAUCAGAGUGGUCAAUGCUCUACAGACUUUGUGUGCGUUGAUUCGAGGCGUCCAUCAGAAGAACAAAUCCACCUCAGGGUUUGACAUCAUCAACAUGCUUGUGGGUUUUGAUAAGGCAGAGCUAUGUAUGAAGAAUCUGAUGGAGAGCUUGGACUCACUCCUCUGUGCGGAAGGUUCUGAAAGCCUCAAAAGCUUGUGUCUGAAGCUACUUCUCUGCUUGGUGACGGUGACAGAUAACAUUAGCCAGAACACCAUCCUGGAGUAUGUGAUGAUUAACAGCAUAUUUGAAGCUAUUUUACAGAUCCUGUCCAGCCCACUUAGCCGCAGGGAACAUGGCUAUGAUGCUGUUGUCCUUCUUGCCUUGCUGGUCAACUACAGAAAGUAUGAGUCAGUGAAUCCCUACAUUGUGAAGCUCUCCAUCGUAGAUGAUGAGGCCACACUCAAUGGAAUGGGACUUGUAAUUGCCCAGGCUUUAUCGGAAUAUAACAGGCAGUACAAAGAUAAGGAAGAGGAGCACCAGAGUGGUUUCUUCUCAGCCCUAACUAAUAUGGUGGGCAGCAUGUUCAUAGCAGAUACUGAUGAGAAGAUCUCAGUCCAAACAAAUGAAGCAAUCCUUCUGGCUCUUUAUGAAGCUGUUCACUUAAACCGGAAUUUCAUCACAGUUCUGGCACAAAGCCAUCCUGAAAUGGGGCUGAUGACAACGCCAACAAGCCCAAUUCCAGCAACACCUGUCACUCCACUUGGAACCACCCCACCUUCUUCAGAUGUUAUAAGCUCUGCAGAGCUGCCUUUGGAUGCUGAUGUGCAAACUAGCAACCUGCUGAUAACCUUCUUGAAGUACAGCUCGAUUGUGAUGCAGGACACAAAAGAUGAGCACCGGCUACACAGUGGCAAGCUGUGUCUGAUUAUCCUGACAUGCAUAGCAGAGGAUCAGUAUGCUAACGCUUUUCUCCAUGAUGACAACAUGAAUUUUCGAGUAAACCUCCACAGGAUGCCAAUGAGACAUAGGAAGAAAGCAGCAGACAAGAACCUGCCCUGUCGCCCGCUGGUGUGUGCAGUGCUUGAUUUGAUGGUGGAAUUCAUUGUAACACACAUGAUGAAGGAAUUUCCUAUGGAUCUCUAUGUGCGAUGCAUUCAGAUUGUGCACAAGCUGCUGUGCUACCAGAAGAAAUGCAGAGUGAGGCUUCAUUACACCUGGAGGGAGCUCUGGUCAGCUUUGAUCAACUUGUUGAAGUUCCUCAUGUCUAAUGAGACUGUGUUGCUGGCGAAGCACAACAUCUUCACCCUUGCUCUUAUGGUUGUGAACCUAUUCAACAUGUUCAUCACUUAUGGAGACACCUUUCUCCCCACUCCCAGCAGCUAUGAUGAGCUGUAUUAUGAAAUCAUUCGAAUGCAUCAGAAUUUUGACAACCUUUAUUCUAUGGUUCUAAGGCUUUCUACCAAUGCUGGUCAAUGGAAAGAGCCUGCAAGCAAGGUGACCCAUGCAUUAGUCAAUAUUAGAGCCAUCAUCAAUCACUUCAACCCGAAGAUAGAGUCUUAUGCUGCGGUGAAUCACAUAUCGCAGCUCUCCGAGGAUCAGGUUUUGGAAGUGGUGCGGUCCAACUACGACACGCUGACCCUGAAACUGCAGGAUGGACUGGACCAGUACGAGCGCUACUCAGAGCAGCAUAAGGAGGCUGCCUUCUUCAAAGAGCUGGUUCGGUCCAUCAGCAUCAAUGUGAGGAAGAACCUUGCCUUCAACACGCUGAGCCAGGAGCUGCUCCUGAAGGAAUUCUCGACGAUCUCUUGAAGCAGGGAUGCAGCUGCUGCGCAGGGCGGACCAGAGAUGGGCCUGUCUGGGCAGGGACACUACGGAUCUGCAGCCUUGCCUUCCAUCUGCAGAAGAGACUGCAUUUCUUCUAGGGGAGAGCCUUGCUGCUGUGUGUUUGAUCCCAGAGAUGUGUGUUUCAAGAGGACUGAGGCUGAGGAGAGGCGAUCGACAUCUUGAGGAGGAGGAGGAAGCAAUUUUGUGAGGUGCCAUGGGGGUGUACAGCCACUCCUGUGACGUCGCAGUGGGAGAUUCCCUCCACAGCCUCAGAGAAGAUGCACUGGAAACCUUUGUAGCAGAGCUGGGGAGAGCUCACAACCAAAAUAAUAAAGCCAGUCCAGCUCUGUGA